ACAGUUGCAAAGAGACCUUGUGGAUGUUUUGAAUGAAUUCAGGGGGGACAAUUUAGACCUGACCACCCAUGUCACUGUCGUGGCCCGCCGGAGAAGAGUGUUACAUAGUGCAUGUGUUGCUCUUCAGAAAUCCUACUUUGAAUGGCAUGAAACGCCAAACAUUGAAUUUGUUGGUGAGAUGGCCGAAGAUUAUGGUGGACCACGUCGUGAGUUUUUCAGAAUUCUCAUGAGCGAAGUGCAAUCCUCCCUUGGCAUUUUUGAGGGGAAACCUGGAAACGUCCUCUUUUCGUACAAUCAGGAUGCACUGCAGCAGAAUAAAUUCUACACAGCAGGAAAGCUGACUGCAUGGUCCAUUCUUCACAAUGGACCUGGGAUUAAAUGCCUUAAUCAUCACCUUUUCGAAAUGAUGUGUGGUCGGAGUCAGACCAUAGACCUAAGCACGUUUGAACUAGAAACUUUACAUGACACAGAUAUACAACAUCGACUGGAAAAGAUUUUACAAUGCAAGACCACAGCGGAAAUGUUGGAGGUCAAAAUGGAACUGGGGGACUGGAUUGCUGAAUGUGGGAUCCCCAACAUAUAUUCUGCAUCACUUGCUGAUUUCCCUGCUAUUUACCAACAAAUAAUCACCCACUACAUGUACCACAGGGUUUCCAGCAUGAUACAGCAGUUCAUCGCCGGAAUGAAUGCUUGUGGCAACAUGUGGCAAGUUGUCCAGAGAAACUGGGAAACCUUUGCACCACUCUUCACUCAUACAUCUAAAAAGCUGUCACGGAAUGAUGUGCGAGGACUCUUUGAUAUUAAAUGGAGUUUGCAAGGCAGCAACAAAAGAGAUCAAGAGGAGGACACCAUCUUUCUUUGGGAGUGGUGGUUGAUGUCAAUUGAAAAUAACGAACUAGAUGUUACUUUGGAGGACCUACUCAUCUUUGUUACCGGAGCAGAUUCUGUGCCCCCACUGGGUUUUCCACACAACUGUGAAAUACAGUUUUAUGAUCAAGAACCUGGAAGCCAGCGAUUUCCAUUCUCUUCCACCUGUGCCCUCAUUUUGUAUCUGCCAAGAGGCAUUACAGAAGAGGCCAUUUUUAAAGACUUAAUGCAGAUGUCCAUUAAAGGUUCUGUGGGCUUUGGAAAAGUCUGAUUAGCUUUCCCGAGGCAAUAAUGCAUGUAGGCUACAGCAAAAUGUGCCAUAAUGUCUAUGAAGACAUGUCGUUGUCCUUUCAGGUAUUCUUUA